AUGUCAAGCCACAUCACGGUCUUCCGCAAACAAAAUCUGCCCCCGCCAGACUGUGUACACCGUCUACUCGCACGGUACCUCGGUCUCCACCUCGUCGCACUCAACCUUACGAGCAUCACGACCUCCCUGAGCGGCUCACCACAACCAGCUUCCAUCAAACUGCCCACCAUGCUCUUCUUCAGUUUCUUCAAGACGCUCAUAGACCAUGAGGUCACCGUCGAACUCAAGAACGACAUCCAGAUCCGCGGCAUCCUGAAGAGCGUCGAUCAGUACCUCAACAUCAAGCUGGAAGAGAUUUCGGUGGUCGAGGAGCUCAAGUACCCGCACCUGAGUUCCGUCAAAAAUGUCUUCAUCCGUGGCUCCGUUGUGCGCUACGUCCAUCUUCCCGCUGGUUCCGUAGACGUACCGCUCUUGGAGGACGCGACGCGGAGAGAGGCUGCUGCCCAGGCCGCAAAGGCGAAAUAGACCACCAGUGCUUGGGGAUGAUGUAGUGUUCACAAGGGACUUAAACAUCGUGAUAUGACGAGGGCUCUACAAAAACAGGCCCACGAACGUCAAGAACCGGGGGCCAAAGCCUAGCUGCUAGAUUAGCUAGCUCAACGGGACGGGGUUCGUGGCGUUUGGCAACAAUCGACGAGACGAUGACGCGAAAAGGGUGAGAGAGUUUGAUAUCCAACCAGAAAUCCACGAAAUCAUUCAACGUUCAAAGUACUUGCGCGCCCAACCAAUUUUUGUUCAUAAUC